AUGGAGUUGGGGGAAGGGGUGGAGCUGACAUUAGGUGAACUGCGCGCGAUGGCACUACGCCAGCAACAGCAGAUUGACACCCAACACCAGUUGCUAUGCGCCAAAGAGCAGAGGCUGAGGUACUUGAAGCAGCAAGAAGCACGACAGCAUCAGGUGGCUGUAGAAGGCGAGCGGCUACGAAGGCUACGCGAACGCGUAGAAGCCCAAGAACAAAAGCUACGCCGACUGCGGGCGCUACGGGGCCAACUCGAUAGGAAUAAGCAAACGAAUAUAGCCCUUACUAGUGAUUUAGAGUCAAUACGAGCGCUGUUCAAUGAGAAAGAAAAGGAGUUAUCUGUGGCGGUCGCGAAAGUGGAGGAGCUGACGCGACAGCUCGAGGAGUUGAGGCGGGGCAGGGUGCAGCCAGCGCCCCCCUCCGCCCACGAGCUGGAUAAACUAAGGCGGGAGCUGAUGUAUCGUAAUAAAUUGAACGAGCAGCAGAACGGCAGAUUAUCAGCACAGCGGGCUGCUUUAGGCGCCCGGCAAGAAGAGAUGCGGAGUAUCGACAGAAGAGUUUCGGAACUGCAAGCAAGGUUGUUGAGGAAACGGGCUCUUAACAGACAGCUGGCGUCUGCGCAUCGACAACCGCAGCAGAGAAAUAACAACCCAACGCCGAUGCAACAACUGCCUAACUACCCCCCUGGAAGCAACCAGAUCAGCCAACCAAAGAACCAGCAACCAAGGGGAAACAUCGCCGCCGUAGAACCAUACAAUCAUAUUCCUCACGCGCAGAGCCUUCAUAACAAUAACUUCCAGGCUAUGAAACAGAAUAACGUGCCAUUAAAACAACUCACACAAACCGAUAACAUACAGUCCCACCUUACGCAGCAAGAAGCCCACUACUUGCAGCAGAAACAAAUGAUGAACCCACUGUACAAUGGCAAUUAUCACAUGCACACCCAAGAACAAUACCCCGCCCAAUAUCCCAGCAAACCAGAAAUCAACGUAUUCAACCACGUGCAGCAGGGCAUAAACUCAUACGACGGUAAAACCAUAUUCGAUCAAGCUAACAAGUUCUCGGAUUACCCGAAACAGUACAGCCCCAACAGCACCAGCAGCUCCAACAGCAAUCAAAAGGAACAGAAGAUCAACGAGCAAGAAUUUCCACCCGAGUUCGCGGCCAGCAAGUCGGAUCCUAAGUAUCAAACGCUGCCAUACAACACAAAGUUCCCGCCGAAUGCAAACGUUAAAGUCAAUGGGAAAGAUGUGGAUAAGAACCAGAACCAGCAGAAUCCAAACAUUAAUCAUAUGACUGUACAUUCCACACCAUUAUCUGUGGUCAACAAGAGUCUUGCGACGCCUUUAAGCCAAGAAACGACAUAUCCAGAACAUACAUAUCAGCUACAGAAGUCUGACUCGUCAAGCAGAUGCAACCAAGAAGGGAAAGAGAACGCGUAUCAGAACAGGUUAAGCAAUGGUCAAGAGGCGCGUAAUGGAAAAACUCAGGGGAAUUUGAAAGGGAAUUCUCCAAGUAUGUUGUCCAGUACUACGUCAGCUAGCAGUUCUAUAGGAUUUGGGAAGCCCGUAUCGAGUGUAGCCCCUACAUCGGUUCAGGUCUCCGGCAAACCAUCACCCAUUUACCAGACAUCCUCGACCAAAAUCCAGCCGGUACAGCCGCAAACGGUUCAGACUCAAAGCCUAAAUAACCCUUCCCAAACCCAGAUAAGAAACACCGCAUCGGGAAUCUCGAACUUGAGCGCGCAGAACUUGUCGCAAAGCCUGCUUUUGUCACCUCCGCAAAGUGCGAGCACGCCCUUAUCGACUCCAGAUGUCAGUGCUGAUAAGUCGCCCAAACCCGCGUUGCCUCCUAAGCCUAGUAUUAAGACUCCGCCAAGGCAGUCAGUAAACAACGACUACCAACCAGAAACAAACCCACCCAACAUUGAUACGAAUGACAGCGACUCACAAAGAGAAAACAGCAACGGGAGCUCAAACGAGAUGAUCAUAAAAGCUCGUCCGUUAACCAUAAGGAAACCUCCUCUCAGCGAACAGCCCAAACUUCGGAACAGCAAAAACGGCCUAACAAAUAGGAGAAUAGAAAUGCCCCCUACUUUCCUAUUCCCGGAAAUCGAUGCUGACGAUAAAGACAAGAGGAAGGAGGAGGAUAAAUCCAUAUCGAACGGAGAUAAAGAAGACGUAUCAGAAUUGACGGAGCAGAUCAGCUCGGUGGAUUUGAAUCAGGAUAGAAAUGAUGUUGUGCGGAGAUCUAAGAAAGGAAAUUUGAAGCAGGGUGGGAAGCCCCCGCUGGCGAGGCGGGUUAGUUUUGACCCACUCGCUCUUCUACUAGAUGCUAGUCUGGAGGGAGAAUUAGAGCUGGUUAAGAAGACUGCUACUCAGGUGCAAAAUGCAAGUGCUGCCAACGACGAGGGUAUUACCGCUCUACACAACGCCAUCUGUGCCGGCCAUUUCGAAAUAGUCAAGUUUCUGGUAGAAUUAGGUUGCGAUGUAAACGCACAGGAUUCAGACGGAUGGACGCCGUUGCACUGCGCUGCGUCCUGCAACAAUCUACCAAUGGUUCGAUUCCUUGUUGAUAAUGGCGCUUGCAUAUUUGCAACAACGCUAUCAGACCACGAGACGGCUGCCGAAAAGUGUGAAGAGGAUGAAGAAGGCUUCGACGGCUGCUCCGAGUAUCUAUAUAGUGUUCAAGAAAAACUAGGAAUAAUGAACAGCGGAAUAGUGUACGCGGUGUUCUCAUACACGGCGUCGCGCAGUGACGAGCUCUCGUUCGAGUCCGGCGCGAGGCUGCAAGUACUGAGGAAGGGGGACGACAACGAGCGCGAGUGGUGGUGGUGCAGGGACGACGCGCACGAGGGAUACGUGCCUAGGAACUUGCUGGGGUUAUAUCCAAGAGUAACCCCACAGCAAGAAUAA